AUGAACGGCUCGGCCUCUGAGCUCUUCCUGAGCCCAUAUGAUGGCACUCCCCAUCCUCCACUGGUCCAGAAACACCGCUGCUUGUCAGCCGUAGAACCAUGCUCUUCUACUGUUGAAGAGUGGGAGACCGCAGAUGCAGAAGAAGAAGAUGACUGCCAAUUCCUAAAUGUGCAGAUGCGCAGGUUGGGUAACCUGAGGAGUUCUGCGCAUGCCUGUGACUCCUUCCGAAGGCACAGCUGGGAGCCUGGGAAAGUGCUUGACGAACCAGAUUUUGAUCAGCGGAGCUUCCAUUCCAGUGUGAGUCUGAAAGGAUUAGCCCCCGGCGAGAUUGACUCCUCCUCUACGGGGCAGAUGGACAGGCACGCUCAGGGCAGAAAGGACCCCCGCCGAAUCCCCAUCAUCCGGAGCAAUGAUGAGAUGGAGUCUCUUCUCUCCCAGGAUGAAGAGGAUGAUGACCUGGAAGUGGCUCAGGAACAUUCCAAGAGGAUGCAAGCUUAUCGGGCAUCCCCAGGGUCCGUCUGUACUUCUCUGUCCAAGUCAGUUUCCAUGAGUGUCAUCGACAGCUACCCAGAUGCAGAUGAAAUCUCCCUUUAUACUGAUGCAGUGAGCCUAGCCAAUGGUUUUAUCACCGGGAGCUGCGGGCAGCUGGACACCACGACGGGGGAGGCCGAGGACAAGGCGCACCCGCACAGGGAGGGGACCACCCUGGGGAGGACCCUUAGCUUCUUUAAAAAGAUGGCUGGGAAAUCAAAGAACAAAGAGAAAGAAAGGAUGAAGGAGAAAGAAAAAGAUGCCCGCUACACCAAUGGGCACCUCUUCAAUUCCAUCACAGUUUCGGGCAUGACCAUGUGUUUCGCUUGUAACAAGAGCAUUACAGCCAAAGAGGCAUUGAGUUGUCCCACCUGCAAUGUCACCAUCCACAACCGCUGUAAGGAUACCUUACCAAACUGUACCAAAGUCAAGCAGAAGCAGCAAAAGGCAGCCUUGCUCAAGAACAAUACAGCAUUGCAGUCGGUGUCCCUGAGGAACAAAACAACCAUUAGGGAGCGCCCCAGUUCUGCCAUAUACCCCUCAGAGAGCUUCCGCCAGACCCUGCUGGGAUCCCGCCGGGGACGUCCCAGUUUGUCCCUUUCCAAAAGUGUCUCUACCACCAACAUUGCAGGGACUUUCAACGAUGACUCUCCCUUGGGCAUCAGGAGAAUCCUGUCCCAGUCCACUGAUUCCUUGAACAUGCGCAACCGAACACUCUCGGUAGAAUCGCUCAUUGAUGAAGGGGCCGAAGUAAUCUACAACCAGCUGAUGAGUGAUUUUGAGAUGGGCGAGAAGGACUUUGAGGCUGAUUCCUGGAGCCUGGCGGUGGACAAUAACUUCCUUCAGCAGCACAAGAAGGAGGUCAUGAAACGGCAAGAUGUCAUCUAUGAGUUGAUUCAGACAGAGCUCCACCACGUGCAGACGUUGAAGAUCAUGACCAACCUCUUCCGGAAGGGGAUGUUGGAAGACCUCCAGAUGGACCCAGCUGUGGUGCAGAGCAUGUUCCCCUGCGUGGACGAGCUCAGUGAGAUCCACGACCGCUUCCUCGUGCAGCUCCUAGAGCGCCGCAAGGAGUCUCUGGCCACCGACAGCAACAAGAACUUCGUCAUCAGCCGGCUGGGAGACAUCCUUUUGCAGCAGUUUUCAGGCACCAGUGCCGAGCAAAUGAAGAAGGCCUACUCAGAAUUCUGUAGCCGCCACAGCAAGGCUGUGAAGCUUUACAAAGAGCUCUUCACCCGGGACAAGAGAUUCCAGCAGUUCAUCCGAAGGCUGACGCGGUCAACGGUGUUACGCCGUCAUGGUGUGCAGGAGUGCAUCCUUCUGGUCACCCAGCGCAUCACUAAAUACCCUGGGCUUAUUGACCGAAUCCUGCAGAACUCCAAAGGUAAUGAAGCAGAUCAGCGGGACCUGAGCACAGCCCUGAUGCUGGUCAAGGAACUGCUUUCCACGAUUGAUCAGGAGGUGCACGAUUAUGAGAAGAAUGCUCGGCUGCAGGAGAUCUAUGGGCGAAUAGACGGGCGUGCUAAGGCCAUCCUGGCCUGGGAGCGGGGUUCUUUCUGCAGUGAGGAGCUGCUGCGGCGAAAGCUGGUACAUGAUGGCUCCAUGCUCUGGAAGACGGCUGCCGGGCGCUUUAAAGAUGUCCUGGUUGUCCUGAUGACGGACGUUCUCAUCUUCCUGCAGGAGAAGGAUCAAAAAUACACCUUCCCCACCCUGGACAAGCCAGCUGUGAUCUCGCUCCAAAACCUGAUUGUCCGAGAUAUCGCCAACCAGGAGAAGGGCAUGUUCCUCAUCAGCGCCACCCCGCCGGAGAUGUACGAGGUGCACACCGCCUCCCGUGAGGACCGCAACACCUGGAUGAAGCUCAUCCAGCAGACCGUCAGGCUAUGCCCUGACCGGGCCGAUUUUCCACUCAUUGAGACAGAGAAUGAAGCUUCUCUCCGGAAGAUGAAAGAUAAGAUUCAGCAACGGGACCGGGAAAUCACAGAACUCCUGGAGGACAAAGUGGGGCUCUUUGCUGAUAUCCUGGCCCUUCAGAGUUGUAGUGUGUACAGCCCCCUACCCUGCGUGAAUUCCCGCACUCUUUUCCGCAGUGACUCAUCGGACACCCCCCAUGGCGAGAAGCUGAUCCAGGAGGCCAUCAAAGAAGUGGAGUUUCUGAAGGAUUUGUUCGUGGGACCAGGCUGGGAUCGAGACCAAAACCACAUCCACAAUCCGAAUGGCUGUUCAAGCCCAAACCCCAAUAACACCACAAAUGGGGAAACUGGAAGCAUUAACGGCUCCCUUGAAUUCAACAGGGUUGAAUCCGAAUCAAACCAACGUGACGGGAAUGGAAACCAGCUACAACAGAAAGUACCACAGGAGGAGGUGCUGCAACGGCUCAGGACUCUUUAUUCUCUGCUUCACGGCUUGCAGGCAGUGGUGGCACAUCAGGAUACCCUUCUGGAGCUGCAGGAAGCAGGCGAGCGGCGGGAGAGACUGAUCCGCACCAAUUCGCGCAAGGAAGCCUCCGCGUCCACAGCAGACAAGCAGGCCACCGACUUCUCGCUGCUACAAAAGCAGCAUGCGCUGCUGCAAGAGGAGCUGAGCCGCUGCCGGCAGCUCUGCCAGGAGAAGACGCAGGAGGCCACAGCUCUGGAGGCGAGGCUGCGGGAGAGCGAGCAGGAGAGAGCACGACUGGAGCGGGAGAUGGAGGAGACCCGCAAGCAAGCAGUGGCCCUGCGGCAGCCUGGGGCGAUCGUGGAAGCCAUAUGGGCGCGGAAGGGGGCAGAGCCCCGGAGACGCAGCCUGCCCGCUGGCGAUGCUCUGUACCAAAACUUCACUCCACCUCAGCAGAGCCGAGGAGGUGACCCUCUGUCCCCCAGCUGCCUCUCGUUCCAGCGGACCUUUGUCAAUUGCCAACGGGACGAGAUUGCCUACCAUGGCAUGCCCAGUCGGCUCCAGGAGGGUGACCAAGAUUUGGAAGUGGUGUCAGAGGAGGAAGGCGUAGAAAUCCAGCAUACUCCUCCUUCCAGCCCUCGAGAUUUCCUGAAGAUGCAGGAGAUAUCCGAUUUUCCGAAGAUGCAGGACAUUCCAGAGGAGGUUGAAAGCAGCCAGGAGCUGAAUGUUGGAGACAACAGCACUUCGUAUAGUUAGAUGUGGGUGACGGGCGGGAU